UCAAAGCGUGGCACUGAGCACACGUUUAAGCCUAGCUAGCACGUUGUUCCACAUUCCUGCUAAUUUCGACACUGCCUAGUGAGGAGAAACGAAGAAAUACAUAUGGCCGCCAUGCGUGUGUUGCUCCUUGCAGCAGCUCUCCUGGCCUUGGCUUGCUCUCAUGGUGCCACUGCCUCUGAUCCGAGCCUUCUCCAAGACUUCUGUGUUGCAGACAAGAUGUCUCAAGUUCGCGUCAAUGGCUUGGCCUGCAAAGAUGCAAAGGAAGUUGUCGCCGAGGACUUCUACUUUUCUGGCCUUCAUGUUGCCGGCAACACGGCCAACAAGCAAGGCGCUGUGGUCACCCCGGUCAACGUUGCGCAGAUUGGUGGGCUAAAUACCCUCGGCAUCUCCCUCGUUCGCAUCGACUACGCACCUAGUGGCCUCAACCCUCCUCACACUCAUCCGCGCUCCACCGAGAUCUUAACUGUGUUAGAGGGCUGUCUAGAGGUGGGCUUCGUGACCUCGAACCCCGAGAACAAGCUCUUCACUAAAGUUCUCAACAAGGGAGAUGUGUUUGUAUUCCCUAAGGGCCUUGUUCAUUACCAAUUCAACAAAGGCGCAGCCAACGCGGUAGCUAUUGCAGCCUUGAGCAGCCAGAACCCUGGAGUGAUCACGGUAGCCAAUGCAGUGUUUGGAGCAGAGCCUUCCAUCUCGGGUGAUAUUAUCGCCAAGGCCUUUCAGGUGGAGAAGAAUACAGUAGAAUCGAUCCAGGCUCACUUCUAAGUGAGUGACUUACCUGUGUUUGUUUGUCAAGUUGAUUCCUAUUUUGUCUUAGUUUCGCAUGCAGUGCAUUUUUAUAAUGUUGUAAGUUGAGAACCUUGUGUUCUCAUGUGUAUGUUUGUGCGUGCGGAUGUGUGUGUGCGUCGAAAUGUUGAUUGUUUUGUGAGACCUUGUUGCUCUUAGAUGAUG